AUGGAACGUAAGCCACCCCAACUUCACGAAGAUGAUGUCUUCGUUCAACUUUCUCUCGCCGGACUGCCAAUGAUGGGGUUUCGAAGAGCGCGCAGGCAGGUAUACCAGAGAAAAAAGCUUUGYGAUGGUGGUUGUGAAGUGUCUGCCCGAGCUGCCCAAAACAACCCACCCCCUAGCCUGCUAGAGGCUUGCAGCGACCUUGUGUACCAGAUCACCGAUGAGACAGCCUGGGCUUCCACCUCUUACUUCCGAGCAAUCAAGGUCUCCAAUACCAAUCUGGCUUUUCAGCCGCCGACGCUUUUCCCGUCGCGUAGUCAGGAGCGGACCGGUCGGAUUACUGACUUUGCUGUUAGCCUAGUGCCAAAUAUCACAGCUUGGCUCCUCUGGGACCUCGAGCUUUGCGGCACAUCUUCAGAUAGCAUGGCUACCCAUCUUCUUUCUCUCCUUCCUUCUCUCCGGGAUCUUGUGUCAUCGGAUUGCCAGAUCCUGCAAGACCCGCAUGACCCCGAGUUCCAGGACCGGCUGGAGCGCUGGUCGAAUAUCAACCUCCAGACUCCUGGUGCGAUUGUCCUCCCUCGUUCGGAGGAGGACUGUGUGAGGACUGUGCAAUGGACGCUCGCAUCAUCGGUUCCGUUUGUCCCAAAGUCAGGCGGCCAUAGUCGAUGGUCGACCAUCGGGCAAGAAGGCAUCAUCAUCGACCUCAGCCUGUACGCGGACAUCCAUGUUAACCCGGGAAACAGCACUGCGACGCUGAUCGGAGGCGUGCUGAACAAAGAGGUCGCAGUGCGUCUAGCGGAGUCGGGGCUCUUUACAGCCCUCGGAAACGGCAACACCGUCGGGGCAAUCCCCUACUUCCUCAACGGCGGCGCAUCGAGCCUCUCCUCCCUGGUCGGCUUCGGCGCAGACCAGAUCCUCUCCGCCCGGCUGAUCACCGCGUCCGGAGAACUGAUUGAUGUCUCUGAACGCACACAUCCCGAUCUCCUCUGGGCCAUCCGAGGCGCGGGCCAGUUCUUCGGGCUCGUCACGCAGCUCGUUGUCCGCGCGCACCCGGUCUCCAUGCUACGGAAGCAAAAGGGCCUCGUCUGGACUGGCCGGUUUGUCUUCCCUUUAACCCGCGCCGCGGAAGUAGCGCAGGCCGCGAAGGAGGCCAUGGAUGACCCGACGUAUGCCACGGUCGGCAUGUUGAUGGUCAUGGCGCCUCCGCCUGCACGAACCCCGAUUGUGAUGGUGAAUGUUCAGCUUCUGGGGGAUGAGGACCCCGAGACCGUGUUCAAGGCUCUAUACGACCUCUCCCCGAUUAGCACAGUGGGCGCGGACGUCCCGUAUGAGAAUAUUAGCGAUGCGAACGAUUUCCUCAGCGCACACGGGGACUUCAAGCGCUUUGGGCAGGUGGGACUGCACGAGUUCGACACGGGCAAGUUCCUGGCCACCGUCGAGAUCUGGAAACGCCUUCAAGAGCAAUGCCUCGAUGCGGCGAACACGAGCUUCAACUUCAUGUGGCACUCGAGGCAGAUGAGGGCUGCGGAGUGGGAGUCUGCGGUCUCGGUGUACGAUGUGCGAUUUUGGCAGACAAAUAUCAUGUGGCACACUGACCCCGCGAACCGCGAGAUGGUGGACGGAUUCAACGAGGAAUGCCUGGCCCUGCUGCGUGGUCCGGAUGAAUCGCAGUACGUGGAUUUCGCCAACGGGACCCGGUCUGGUCCAAUCCAGUAUCGGUACCGGGGGGAAGCGCGCCUGGCGAAGCUGCGAGAGCUGAAGAAGCAGUGGGACCCGGAGGGGGUCUUUACAAAGCAGUUAUUGGACUGA